AUGAAUAAGUUACAGUGUCAGUGUAUGACAGUGAUCACUACCCUCUUCUUACUAAACGCACUUCUUUUGAUAGGAGUUGUAAUAAAGUGGCAAACCAGUUUGAACAAAUCCGACAGGAAAUAUCGAAACUUACCCACGAGCCCUGCCGUUGAGAAGCCCCAUUUCGCAGUCAAAAUAGUGACAUUUGACAACGACGUUGACGAUCACUGUGGCGGCGCGAUUAUAAAUUCUCGUUGGAUUGUUACGACAGGUCAUUGUGUAGGCGUGGUAGAGUCCUACACGACGAAAAAGAUGAUAACAUACGUGGCGAGUACAUUUAAUGAGGUUGUGAACGAGGUUGAAGUGGCCAUACGUCAUCCAGAAUUUAACAGUAGCACUUUAGAUGCCGAUAUUGGUCUACUGAAAGUUGUUCAACCAUACGAGGCGGGAGUUGCUGUUCAAGUACCACGCAGUGACUAUAAGUAUGUAGUGAACUCUAGUGUGAGUGCUGUGAGUCUCGAUGAAGAAAUUACCGAGGUUAUAACGACUGUUGAAAUUUUCAGUCGAAGAUAUUGUAGUAAUUUGCUUAGUGCGACCUGGAAGUUGCUUACAGAAUCAAUGAUUUGUGGUGGAUUGUACACAGGGGAGAAGCCCGAUUGUCUUUAUGAUACUGGUAGUCCCUUAGUGGAUGGCAAAGUGUUAAUUGGCAUUAUUUCGUGGGGUAAAGGUUGUGAAAAGGUUGACAUACCGACAGUAUACACUAAAAUUCCACCAUUUGUAAAAUGGAUAACAACUACAAUUGGGGAUGAUCGUUUAAGUACUGACCAAGUAAAAUAA